AUCAUUUUUAAUGAUUAUUAUUUACUGUAGUGUGAACAACAUGUGAAUAACUUUACUGAAGAAAGAGAAAAAUCUUUUUCUUUUUCUGCUGUCGUUGUUGCUGUUGCUGUUGCUGUUGACUUUUUUUCUUUAUUAUCGUAUGUCCUGGAUCUAAAAUACAAAAAUUGUCGUCUGUUUUCUUCGUUUAUUACAGGAGAAAAAAAAAUUUUUUUGUUGUUGUUUUACAUAGAAACAAAUUACUAAUGGAAUAACUAAAAUAUAAUUUAGUUACUAAUGUACUUUAUAUAUAUAUAUAUAUUUAUUCAAUCCAAUGAAAUGCCUCAUUCUAUCCAUCAUAUAUCAUACAUGAUAACAGAACAAAGAACAAAUAAUUGAAGUAUCCUGUUUCUAAGGUGAAGAAGAAGAAGCAGUAGAAGAAGAAGAAGAAGAACAUGAUGAUGCAUCAUUCACAAUCAGGUUCCAUUUAUUCAAUUCUACAAAUGAUUCUUUCAAUAUUAUUACUCAUAACAUAUGGAAUAAUGAUAAUAAUUGAUAGUAAACCAUUAGAUAUUGAAUCCGAUACACCAUUAACUAUUAGUUUUAAUCCAUCCUCUAAUCAAGUACAAUUAAAUCAACCAUUAAUCAUACGUUGUGAAGUACAUUCAUUCAAUACUAAACAAUUACAAUUCAAUGACAAUAAUCAUAAUCAUAAUCAUAAUAAUAUACUAAAUGGUUAUAGUAUGUUUUUUCAAUGUCCAAUAGCACCAUGGGGUAAAUUUUGUUUUCAUAAUUGUCAAUCAGCAUGUGUUGGUGAAAUACCUAAUAAAUGUCCAUAUGAUAAAGAAUUAAGUCUUAUUAAAUGUCGUACUGCUAUGACAGAACAAGGUUAUUUAUUUUAUGAAUAUACCAUACCAAAUUUAACUAUAACAUGGUUAGGAUUAAACAAUAAUAACAAUACACUGAUUGAUAAUAAUAAUGAUAAUAAUAAAAUAGAUGGUUUCUCAUGUAAAACAGCUGGAUUACAAACGCCAAGAAUACCUUUAACCAUAGUGAAAUCUAAGGAUAAUCAAAUGAAUACAAUGGAUAUAUCAAAGACUAAAACAUCAUCAUCAUCGUCGUCGUCGUCGUCGUCUGAUUCUCAUUCACGUCUAUCUAAUUUGAAUAAAACUAUCUCUAAUGAAUAUAAUACACAUAAAGAUGAAUCUAAUCAAUUGAAUAAUGGUAUGAAUCAAUCUAUAAAAGGAAUCAAUUCUGAACUUAGAGCUGCUUUAACUCGUGAAAUAUUAAUUAUUGGUGCAAUUAUUAUCGUGUUCAUUUCAGUUAUACUUAAUGUAUUCUGUUGUAUUCGAUGUGCUUUAAUUCGUCAAUAUUCAAAAUCAAAAGAUCCUCCACAUAUGCAACAUUUAUUCUGUAUGGCUGAAGAAAUACGUAAUGCACGUAUUGUAAAACAAAUCAAUGGAAAAGGUCGUAGUUAUCGUGAUAAACUAGAAUAUGAACACCAACACCAACACCAACAUCAACAUCAACGUUUAGGUACUUUCCUUCAUGAUAGUAAUAAAAUGAAUGAAAAAGGAAGUAGUCUAUUAUUAAUGAAUAAAAUUCAAUCUCAAUGUAAUGGAUAUGAAUCAUAUCAACCAUCUAUUGAUUAUGGAUCAGAAUAUUUAACUGGAAUAAAUUAUCCUGGAUUUCUAUUGAAUGAUAAUCAAUCAUCGAAUGGUUUAUCAGGGGAUAUACAUUUAAGAUAUUUACCAGAUGGUAAAUCAGGUAAUAGACAAUCUAUAUCAGCAUUCUCUCUUGUACCCGGUCAAUUCCCAAUAUCAUGGACUAGUACUACCAAUAAUAAUAAUAAUACUACUAAUAAUAGUAAUAGUAAUAUUGAUGUACAUCGUCGAUCAAUAUGUAGUAUACAACGUAACGGUGGUAAUUCCCUUACAUCAAAUCAUUCAUCUCAACAACAAAUUACUGAAGCUGUGACUAAUUUCUAUUUACAACAUCAACAACAUUUUAAAGAAUUACAAAAUCAUUUAAAUAAUACUACUCAUAAUACUACUCAUAAUAAUACAGAUCUCACUACAAUCAAUCCACUUAGUUCCGAUGGUAUGGGUUCAUGUUUUGGUAGUAUUGGUCAACCAGAUUCAAGUAUUUUAUCUGAUAUCAAUAUUAUUUCAUCAAAUUCAAUCAAUUGUGAAUCACCUAUUAUGAAUCCGGCAAAUGAUAAUCCUAUCUUAUUAAAGAAUAUCAACUCAUUGACAAAUUCUUCUAUAAAUCAAUCUAAUUAUAUCAUACCAAUAGAUUCAAUGAAUUCAUUAAUAAAAAAUUAUACAAAUCAAUUAACCCCAAAUAUUAAUCGGAUACAACCAAUAGGAUCAUCACAAUCACAAUUAAUUACAUUAAUGAAUAAAUUAAAUUAUACUACUAAUACUACUACUACUAAUAAUAAUAAUACUACUACUAAUUAUACUACUAAUACUAAUCAUAAUCAGCUUACUCAUAAUGAACAAAUUUUAACUCAUUUACCAAGUCUUAGUGAUACAUUAAAUUCACAAUCAGAUAGUGGAGCUGGUUCAGGGAGUGGAAAAAUUUCAAUGGAUUCAUCAGAGAAUAAAAUUAAUUCAUUUUAAUACAUAAGAGAGAGAGACAGAGACAGAGAGAGAUAUUCAAUUCAAUGUUCAAUUUAUUUGUUAAAAUGAAUAUUGAUCAAGUUUCAUGACAAAAGAGAGUGUGUGUGUGUGUGAGAGAGAGAGAGAGAGGGGUGUGUGGAUGAUAAGGGAGUGGGGGGAUGAAUGAGGGGAGAGGAAGACAGAGUGGAUAACUUCUCAAAAACAAUCAAAACAAUAUUCUUUUUAAAUUAUUAUCUUUUAUUUAUACAUUUAAUCUCCAAGAUAAAUGGAAGUUUGUUUUUCUCUUUUAAAGUUACAUAUACUAGUCAUAAUUUUCAUCGUUUGAAUACGAAACAAAAACAACAAAAAUAAACAAACAUGAAAAACUAUGCCAAGAAUGGCUACAAUGAAUCACUCAUUUAUUUCAUUCUUUUCCUGAAAAUCAUGUUUUAUUCGAAAAAAUAAUAAUGUUUUCCUACAAAAAAAUCAUUACUUUCUUCCCUUAAACCUUAAGUAUAAGACUAUUCAUCUAAAAAUUAUGUUUAUUUAUUUAUACUACUGACAAAUAAAUAAGUGCCUUGUUUAUUUCUAUGAAAAAAAUUUCUUGGAAGAAUAUAUUUUGCAUGGUUAUCAUUAGGGAAUAUUGUAUUUCGUUAUUUCGUUGAUACUUUCUUUUCUUUUCUUUUUGAAAAGAAUUCUAGGAUAAGAAUUUUUCUACAAUUUCAUUUUGAUUUGUGAUAAUCUAUAAAAAGUAAAAUGAUGGUGAAUUUAACU